AUGGAAGAAGAGGGUUUCUCGGUGAAAGUUCUAGAUGGAGCAAAGGUACCGGAGCUUAUAAAUGGGGUUUACAAGCUUUACUCGAAUUGCUCGGGUAAAGUUGACCCACGAUGUGGAGCAAAGAUUCCUGCUGGAUUCAUGAUGAAGAUCCCAAAGAGAUACUUUGGAAAAAUCCAGUCAACAAGGAUAAAGAAGUUGGGAGGAGUUGUGGAUAGCGAUUACAGAGGAGAGGUAUGUGUUAUUGUCUACAAUGACUCGGACGAGGAAUUUGUAUAUGAGAAAGGAGACGAGAUAGGGGAAAUGGCUGUUUGCGAAAUCAUAACCCCAAACAUCAGGGAGGCAGGCGAUUAUGAUCCUUCUCUUUAG